UUCCUUUCCCUACUGCUGCCUUGUGAUUUACAUUAUUUUUGCUUUACAGCAACUGAUAACAUGGAAAAUCAUUGUAAGCACCAUAGUCCAUCUUCACCUCUCUUUUCUUUUGUUUUCUUUCCUUCAAUUUUUUUUUUUUUUCCUUUCUCCCAAUGCUUAUCCCUGUAGCCUUUUGGCUGACGUUAUUCGUGUUAAUUUAGCUUUGAAUUACAUUCCUGAGAGACUGGGAUCGAGUUCAAGACUUUCAGCCUCUCUGUAAAUUCUGAACUGCAAAUUCCCAUCUUCAUCAGAAUUGUUGUAAGCAUCUGUAUUCUUUUUUUCUUUUCUUUUCUUUUCUUUUUUUUUUUAAACCAAAAUUUUGCAAUGGAAGUUGUGGCUUCAAUAGUGGGUGCACUUAUAGCAGAAGCUGCUCGACAUCUUUGUAGCCGUGUUUAUUCUACAACCAGGGGUUGCCUUGCCAGGAUAGUGGCUGUGAGUUGUGCAAAACGAGCAGUGGAGCAUAUACCAGGGCCGUCGAUCGAAGAUCAAACCACAGCCUCAGGAACCUUAGAAAAAAUCAUGGAUCUUCUGAACGAUGAUGGAGUUAGGAGGAUUGGUAUCUGGGGUAUGGGAGGGGUGGGCAAGACUACUUUGGUAAGGAACUUGAACAACAAGCUCAGGAAUGAUCCAAACAACACUUUUGGCUUGGUCAUAUGGAGUACAGUGUCCAAGGAGGUGGAUUUGAAAAGGAUCCAAACAGAAAUUGCAAAGAGAUUGGGGAUGGAAGUGAAAAAAGAUGAAAGCAUCCAGACUCUGGCUAUUCAAUUGCUCCAGAAACUGAGAAAGCAAGACAGGUUUCUCCUCAUUCUGGAUGAUGUUUGGAAGGGAAUCGAUUUGGAUGCUUUAGGCGUCCCACAGCCUGAAGAUACAAAGGGUGGUAAGAUCAUAUUGACUUGUCGACCUUUGAAUGUUUGUCGAGAGAUGAAGACUGAUCAAGAUGUUAAAGUGGAUGUCUUGACUGAUGAUGAAGCUUGGAAAUUGUUUUGUCAAAAUGCAGGCAUGGUAGCUGAAUUAGAACAUAUUAAACCACUAGCAGAGGCAAUUGUUCAAGAAUGUGCUGGAUUGCCAUUGGCGAUAAACAUCAUGGCGACAUCCAUGAGGGGAAAACAAAUGGUUGAGCUCUGGAAGGAUGCCUUGAAUGAGCUGCAAAAGUCUGUGCCGAGUAAUAUUGAAGGGGUUGAGGAUAAGGUUUAUCGGACCUUGAAAUGGAGUUAUGACUCACUACAAGGUAUGAACAUCAAAUAUUGUUUCCUGUAUUGUUCUUUAUUUCCUGAGGAUUUCUCAAUUGAAAUAAGUCAUCUUGUGCAAUAUUGGAUGGCGGAAGGCUUGAUAGAUGAAGAUCAAAGCUAUGAAGUUAUGUACAAUAGAGGAUUUGCUUUGGUUGAGAAUUUGAAGGACUGCUGUUUGUUGGAACAUGGUAGCCGAAAGGACACCACUGUGAAAAUGCAUGAUGUUGUUCGGGAUGUUGCUAUAUGGAUUGCAUCCUCCCUGGAGGAUGAAUGUAAAUCCCUUGUUCAAUCAGGAAUUGGGUUGAGCAAAAUCUCAGAGUACAAAUUUACGAGGUCUCUCAAGAGAAUUUCUUUCAUGAAUAACCAAAUAUCAUGGCUGCCUGACUGUGGGAUAAACUGCCCAGAGGCAUCAGCUUUACUUCUGCAAGGUAAUACUCCCCUUGAAAAAGUUCCAGAAGGAUUCCUACGAGGCUUUCCAGCACUCAAAGUCUUGAAUCUAUCUGGAACCCGCAUCCAGAGGUUGCCACUUUCCCUUGUCCAUCUUGGUGAACUUCGUGCUCUCCUUUUAAGGAAUUGCAGUUUUCUUGAAGAAUUACCCCCUGUAGGAGGGCUUAGUAGACUUCAAGUGCUUGACUGUGCCUCUACUAACAUCAAGGAAUUACCUGAAGGGAUGGAGCAAUUGAGCUACUUAAGGGAGUUGCAUCUAUCAAGAACCAAGCAGUUGACAACCAUUCAAGCUGGAGUCCUCUCUGGGUUGUCUAGUUUAGAGGUUCUAGACAUGAGAGGAGGUAACUACAAGUGGGGUAUGAAAGGAAAGGCAAAACAUGGACAAGCAGAAUUUGAGGAGCUAGCAAAUCUCGGGCAGUUAACUGGUUUGUACAUUAAUGUGCAGAGCACCAAAUGUCCUUCUUUGGAGAGUAUUGACUGGAUAAAAAGACUGAAAAGCUUCAAAAUAUGUGUUGGUUUAAGUAUCUGUGAUGUAUAUGAACAUGGGCAUUUUGAUGAAAGAAUGAUGUCUUUUGGUCAUCUCGAUCUAUCGAGGGAAUUUCUUGGGUGGUGGUUAACUAAUGCAAGUUCUCUGUUCUUGGAUUCCUGCAGGGGCCUAAAUCUGAUGCUUGAAACCUUAGCCAUCAGCAAGGUUGAUUGCUUUGCUAGUUUAAAGAAACUUACUAUUAUGCAUUCUGCUACCAGCUUUCGGCCAGCAGGAGGAUGUGGUUCCCAAUAUGACCUACUUCCAAAUCUAGAAGAACUUUACCUUCAUGAUCUCACUUUUCUGGAGAGUAUUUCAGAAUUAGUUGGUCAUCUUGGACUUAGAUUCUCAAGGCUGAGAGUGAUGGAGGUGACCUUGUGUCCCAGCUUAAAGUAUCUGUUAGCUUAUGGUGGUUUCAUUCUGAGCUUAGACAACCUGGAUGAAGUCAGCUUAAGCCAUUGUGAGGACCUGAGUGAUCUCUUCCUAUACAGUUCAGGGGACACCUCAAUUUCAGAUCCUGUUGUUCCAAACUUACGGGUGAUAGACUUGCAUGGCCUUCCCAAUCUGAGGACCUUUUGCAGACAAGAAGAGUCAUGGCCCCAUCUGGAGCAUCUUCAAGUGUCUCGGUGUGGUCUUCUCAAGAAGCUACCUCUCAAUAGGCAAAGUGCAACCACAAUAAAGGAAAUAAGAGGAGAACAAGAGUGGUGGAACCAAUUGGAGUGGGAUGAUGACAGCACCCGGUUGAGCCUCCAGCACUUUUUCCAACCUCCACUUGAUCUGAAAAACUUCGGGCCAAGUUGAAGCUUGGCAGACCUGUACUCCAGACCAGCUGCCUCUUAGCCAGAUAUGGAAAGAGAUGGAGCUUUGAAUCAAUAUAUUUGAUCAUGAUCAUGACAGGACUUAGUUCUCUUCUUUGCUCUUCUUUGGUAGCUUACCUCUUCCAAUUCAUCGUUCAAAGAUAUCAACUUUGCUUCCACAAGAUAUCCCCUCAUGCAUCGAUUGUGUUUAACCUUAAAGAGCCUGGAAGACCUCAAGGUCUCGUCCUGUCCCAAGGUAGAGUUAAACCUCUUCAAAUGCAGCCAAGGAUCGAACUCAGUUGCCAAUCCGACUGUUCCAGGCCUACAGAGAAUAAAGUUGACAAACCUUCCCAAAUUAAAGAGUUUAAGCAGACAACGGGAGACAUGGCCGCAUCAAGCUUAUGUUGAAGUGAUAGGAUGUGGUAGCCACAAGACAUUACCUCUCAGUAAGAGAAGUGCAGAUGCCACGAAAGAAAUAGUAGGCGAAUUGGAGCGGUGCAACCAAUUGGAGUGGGAUAGUAUUGAUAUCGAGUCCAAACUCCAGCCCUUUUCUAAAGACCAGAGGCCACGCUGAUGACACAUUGCAAAUUUUUUAUUGGACAAUGGACUACUUUAAAUUCUCCUGCUGAUUACUAAUUCAUGUUGGAUAGAUUUUUUUUUCGUUUAGAGUUCUUCUGUCUUGAAGCUGAUAGUGGUGGUGCUGGCUCUUUUUUUAUUUUCUUUUAUGAAAUAAAGGUGCAAUGGGCUGGGUUUGACAAGUUAAAAUAUGAAGGAAACAUCAAUCGGCAAGUUUUCUUGCUUGGGUAUG